GAGCUUCUGACUGCAGUCAGAACAGCAGAAACCCUGCUCAUCUUCCCACUGUAGUCAGGACAGCAGAAACCCUGCUCAUCUUCCCACUGUAGUCAGGACAGCAGAAACCCUGCUCAUCUUCCCACUGUAGUCAGGACAGCAGAAACCCUGCACAUCUUCCCACUGCAGUCAGGACAGCAGAAACCCUGCCCAUCUUCCCACUGCAGUCAGGACAGCAGAAACCCUGCCCAUCUUCCCACUGCAGUCAGGACAGCUGAAUCCCUGCCCAUCUUCCACUGUAUACUGAAGACUCAGCAUCACAGAUUCCACCAUGGCUCCCCUAACCUACUUUUUUUCUUUGGAUUUUCUUUAGAAUAAUGUUGCAGGUUCAGCUGUGAAAAGAUAAUUUAUCUGUCUAAUGGUACUUGCAUUUAUCACAGUAUAACAGUUGUUUUGUAGGGUAACAUUUCACUUAUUAGUUAUAAAGUGGCAUCUAUGCCUUCUUACUGAAUUGCCACCUAUUCAUUUAUUUUUUAAUUUUUAUUUUUUUGUUCAUUAUGUCCCGAGAUUUAGUCCCUGUAUUUGUUCCCCCGAACGUUUUAUCUUCCUCCUGGGGAGGUUGUGACCUCACUCGCUGGAUUCCUAAGGAUUCAGACUGGGUCUUAUCUCUGUAGUGUGAUUUGGAGAGUGGUUUUGUGGUUUUUUAUGAUUCUGCUUUUUUCCCAGUGCUUCCAUUCCCCAGGACAGCCUCAUUGCAGUACGGCCAACCAGAUGGCCAGUUCCUGAUAGACCAGAGCAUCUUACAGAUAAGUAGUGAAAUGGAUUCUGCAAGUGAAAGCACCAGGAAAAGCAUUGCGUUACUUCCUAUAGAAACACCCAAAAUGCACGUGGACAUUGGCCCGUUGCUGGAUAUCUGUCUUGCAUCAGACCGCCCAUCGACAGGAGAGGCUUCUUUCAAUCAAAUCAAUGAGAUGAAGGACAGUGUCUCCUCAUUGAAGUUCAUCACCAGCAUACUCCUUCAAGCUGAACUGCACAUUCGAGCAUAUCCAGAAACGAUCAUCAACAUCUUGCCACAGAAAUGGCAGCCAGGCUCUGUGUUCCAUCAGACAGAAAGGAUGGUCAUGUCCAUGACACCGGCUUUGAAUAGACACUAAAGAAAAAAUUAGAAGAAUCAGAAGAAUGCUUUCUUCCUCCCAUCGUAAUAACUGGAACCUGAAGGCAAGUGUCAGAGAGCUGCAAAGGAGAUGCAUGAAAAUGUGUGAAGAGAGAGAUGCACUUGACUUGAUGCUGGAGGAGAGAGAGAACAGAAUAAAAAGUGCCGAUCUGGAGCAGGAGGAAUUUCAGAAGACAUUUCAAGAGAAAGAGAUGGCUCUACAGCAGAAGCUGGGGCAGCUUGAGCAGCACUGGAGAGCAAAGCUGGAAAGAGUGAUGGAGGAGAGGAGCGAGCACGAGCAGUUUGCGAAGAAGGAGAUCCAGGCUCUGCUCCUUAAGCUGUUCAAGACUGAGCGGCUGCACCAGACCCAGAUAUGUGACUAUGAGAUCAAGUACAGGGACUCACUAAAACUGGUGUCUGAGCUGCAGCGUCAAAUCGAGGAGCGUGAGGUGAGAGGCUGAAAUGGAGGUCGGCAGGAAGAUCCGCUAUUAAAAAUAAAAUAAAUCAAAUAAUAUUACGCUUUUGGAGGUUCAUUUUACAUGGCACCAAAGCGAGUUAAAUUCAGUGUUUAUUAAAA